ACCUAUAAACAUGUCCGAUCCAACUUUCCUCGACGCCAAAGUCUCCUCAAUCCUCGGUCAGAAGCUUGACUCCUCAAGAACUGACCCGGGCGACCUCGACGAAGACGCUCUCUUCGAAGAGCUCGAAAAGGAAGAUGACUCUGCCUACCGCGCCCACCGUCUCGAACAACUACACAAAGAAGUAGUCUCCGCAAAAGAAGCACUCAAACAAAACACCCCAAAUAAUAACAACAACAAUACAACCACAACAAUAGACGCUUUCUAUCCUACUUUAGUCGACGACCGAGCCGUUCUGGACCUUACUACAAAUAACGAACGAUGCAUUGUUCAUUUUUCCCACACGGACUUUGCGCGCUGCACGGUCAUGGAUGAGCAUUUACGCCUUCUCGCGCCGCGACAUCACGAAGUCCGCUUUGCACGCAUAGACGUACGAAACUGUCCCUUCGUCGUUGAGAAACUCAACAUCCGUGUCCUACCAUGCGUAAUCGGUUUUGUCGACGGCAACGGUAAAGAAAGAAUCAUUGGCUUUGAAGGCUUAGUCUCCAUAGGCAAAAGUGCUUUAAGAGGGAAAGGAGCGGAUAAUUUCAGGACGACAGAUUUGGAAAAGAGGCUAGUUCAAGCUGGGAUUCUGGUGAGAGGGAAGUAUGUUGAGGAGAUUGGAAGGAAUAAUGACGAGGGUGAUAUGAGUGAGAGUGAAUCGGAGAAUGAGCGGGGAGGGAAAUCAUCGCGGAGGAAGGGUAUACGGGAUGGGACGAGUAGUCGUCGAUAUGGUCAGGAUAAUAGUGAUGAUGAUUGGGAUUGAGUAUUCGUUCUUUAAAGUUGGAUGCAUAUAAAAUGUGAUCUCCUGGGAUGAACAAGAGGUGAAGGCAGAGCAUUGUCUUUAAGCUACCGGAGAAUGGUAUCUAUGUGAUACUGUCGAUUAGGUCAGGCUUACAGAGGCCGUAUACAUCGAGUCAAAGGCCCUGGGUACCAGCAAUCGA